AUGGAAGAGUCAUCUAAAAUUAUAUUAGGUUGGAUUGUUAUUUCUUUAGUUAUUUUAUGUGUUUCUUGUGAAAUAAUAACUUUAUUAUUUGAAAUUUGCAAAUUACUAUAUGAAAAAAUUCUUGAUUUGUUAAAACUAUUAUUGAAUAAAGAAUAAAUAAAUAAAAAUAUUCAAACAAGAAAUGAUAUCUAAGAAGUAAUUGAACCAAAAAUAUUAAAAGAAAACAAACUAUCUUUCAUGAAGCAUGGUCAACUUCAUCAGUUUAUAAAAUGA